GGUUGUGAAUGUGAUUGGUCAUCAAAAGAUCCAGUACCACAUAUAUAAUCGUUCAUAUCUCUCUCUUCAUACGAAAACAAAGCUAUGUCUAUGAAUUUGAUUCCCCAUUACUCAACCCCGUCAAUCUGUUACUCAUUUCCAAACAGAACCCUUGUUUCUUCAGUCCAAAAUCGUGCUAGAGCUACACUCAACAGUGAUCAAAAUCUUGGCAGCCACCAAGUUUCUGUACUAAAAUUCGAUAGGAGAAAUGUGCUUCUGGGUUUGGGAGGGCUAAUCUUGGUCAAUCAUCCAAACUUAGCACGCGCAACCGAGUCAAAGAAGCUGGUUCGACUCACUGAGUUCCCGACAGCUUUAGACUCGGUGAUCAGUGUCAUGGUGCCGAGGCCGAGGAGGUCGAGGAGCAAGAAAGAAAAGGAAGAGGAAGAGGAGGUGCUGUCGAUCGAAGGCAUUGAGUUCGUGGCGGAUAAGGCUGUGAAGUUCGAUGUGCAUGUGAAUGAUGACGAGGACGAUCUAAGUCGACCCGACGCGUCUGAAUUUGCCGGAAGCUUGGUGUUCUUGCCGCAGAGCAGGAAGAGGGUGAGAACGAGUUUGCAUUUGGGGAUAACGGACUUGUUGGAGGAUUUGGGAGCUGAUGGUGAUAGUAGUAUUAAGGUGACUUUGGUGCCAAGGUAUGUGCAACGACCUAUCACCAUUGGGAGGAUCAAGAUCGAGUAUUUCAGUGCCUAGAUGUUCAUUGAGCUACUUGAUUAUGUUGUUGGUCGAGUGCAUGUUAAUGUAUGAAACAUUUUAUGUGCUUGUAAUUUUGUCAAGAUGAAAAAAAGAAGUUCAAAAACUAUAAAAUAAUAAUAGUUCAUGUAUUA